AUAAGCAGUUCAAAUUUUAACGGUUUGUUUAUUUAAAAACAUUUUAUAUCAAAUUUUUGCUUUAUUUUCUCUAUUGUAUCUAAUAAUAAUCUGUUAACGAUGGAUGGUUUUAAAACCCCUUUAAAAUGUAACAAAAAAAUGAGUUCUGUUGUAUAUAUACCACCGUCGCCUCAAAUGAAAAAGAUAGGAUGUGGAACAGGUGUUGGUGUAUACGAACUACAAAGAUCCCCGCUACCAGAUAAAUUUCGCUCGCCAUGGGCAGUGAAAAAAUUAAUCAAAAGCUUUAAAAAUCGGGAUUAUGCAAAAUUCGUCAAUGACAGAGUACAAAGUGAAGCUGAGAUUUUACGAAAAUUGGACCACCCAAAUAUCGUUGGUUUUCGUGCGUUUACCAUAGAUAAAGAUGGAACAAAUAUCUUAGCAAUGGAAGAAUGUUCAAGUUCUCUUGGAGAUUUAAUAGAAUGCAGGUUGGAUUAUUUGGGAGAAGUUCCAUACCCUCCUGAAACUAUUCUAAACGUUUCACAUGAUAUUGCUAAAGCCUUAGACUAUCUGCACAAUAAAAUGUUUCUAUUACAUUGCGAUAUUAAAUCAUUUAAUAUUCUUGUGAAAGGGGAGUUUGAAAUUUGCAAGCUAUGUGAUUUUGGAGUUUGUUUGCCAUUGACUGAAUCUGGGGAACUCGAUUUUACUAAGACUGAUGGAGAAGCUGAAUAUACAGGAACACCUUGUUGGUGUCCUCCAGAAGUCCUAAAAUCUAACCAAGAGAUUACCACAAAAGCAGACAUCUACUCCUUUGGUUUAGUAAUGUGGGAAAUGUUAGCUCUAUCACCUCCAAUAGAUGAUGAACUCGUUGAAGAAAAUGUGACAGAUGUAAAUAUUGAGAGAAAACGGCCUGAUUUACCAGAUAUUGAUCUAGGGCCAGAGUACAAUUUAGUUUUAGAAAUGUAUUUUUGUUGUACUGCUUUUGAAAAGCAUAAAAGACCUGCAGCUCAUGAUUUAGUAGGAGUUCUGCAUGAUAGUUUACAAAAGUAUAAAUAAGUUAUGUUGUUUCUUGUAUAAUGUUCAUUCUUAGGAAUAUUUUUUGUUUAAAUUUGUUAAAUAGAUUUUGAUACAGUUCACGAUUAUACUCGUUUUUUAUAGACUAAUUUGAAUUAUUUAAUUUAUUAAGAGUAAAAUUUACGUUACAAACUGAAAGACCUGCAGAGCAACGGUAGUUUAGUAGGUAUAAAAAUUACAACUUAAGGGUGGGGCUUAAAUACUACAAAAUUACUAAUGAUGUGUUUCAGGGUUUUUGGAUUUUCACAUUUUAAGCAGGGCGGGGGACCAGGGAUGAAAGUUUAUUUGAAAGUAUCGAUUUUUUUAAAGGUAGGAACUUGAAAAUUGGAAUUGUAGGUUCUUAUCAUAAAUAAAUAAUGAAGUGAAUUUCACAUUUUAAGGGAGAAAACGGGGGGUGAAAAUUUGUUUGAAAGUAUC